AAUCGUACUUUUUUGGGGAGGAAGUUAGUUGGUUACGAUCGUGAGAUUCUGAAACCCUCUUCUUUUUGUUUGUUUUCUCUGAUGUUUUGCUUUAAGAAGGUUUAUGCCCUAGCGAUUUCUUUCUUUGAACUUUUCCUCUUGAUGUCGUGGUCCGCCAUUGCUGCUGCUCUUGCUCUAAUUGUACUCGAUUUCCAGGAUGCCCGUCCUUCCCUCGAGAAGGUUUCCUAUUCAUUGUUACUGUUCUUUUGUGGGAUGUUCAUCACUGUUGAUGGCUUUAACAAGACUGGCUUACCAAGCGCUUUGUGGGAUUAUAUGGAACCCUAUGCGCGCAUCGACACUGCUAGUGGAGCUUUAGUCCUAACUGUUGUUAUUCUUUUUCUCUCAAAUGUUGCCUCCAACGUACCAACUGUCUUGUUACUUGGAGCUCGGGUGGCAGCUUCUGCUGCAGAAAUUUCUCCUGGUGAAGAGACCAAGGCAUGGCUCAUGUUGGCUUGGGUCAGCACAGUUGCAGGAAACUUGUCACUUCUGGGAUCUGCUGCCAAUUUGAUAGUAUGCAAACAGGCUCGCCGGUCUUAAUCUUUCGGCUACAACCUCUCUUUUCUCACCCAUUUGCGAUUCGGAUUCCCAUCGACAAUCAUUGUUACAGUUGCUGGGUUGCUGUUUAUGACAUGAGAAAUUAUAAGCCAUCAACCAAGAUUGUAGAGAUUCAAAGAAAUGAGAAAAAUGCAUGGAAGCAGCCGUGAUGAUAGGCA